CCUUUUUUUUUUUGCGGGGUGUAGCUUGGGCCUUGGAAGAGGCUGUUAAGGCCUCACAAAAGUGUCCCCCAUGAGCAUAGGCUAACAACAGCAGCUGAGUAGACUCCCAUGAGAGGAAUGUUUCUUCCAAACCAAGGUCCCUGGACUAAUCGACUGACCACGGCCUGGAAGGGAAGUUUUUUAGAUGAUUAGCCCUUUCCAUACCAACUCGGAAAAAACAACUGAAAGGCAUCCAAAUGUGAAGAAAUAUCGAUGAAGCAAGACCAUAGACGAAAGCGUCCGGGGCUCUUUGUUUUUCCUGGGAAUUCAACUUUUGCCUUCACACCAAUAUGGAAAGAAGCCUUGAGAAAUUUCCAACUCGAACAUGAAAGCCAGGGCUUCAUUAUUACAUGGGUCAUAAACACUUGGGAGGGAAAAAGAAAGUUUCAAUUUUGAUUGAUGAUCAAGAUUUGUUGCCGGUCAUAAAAAUUGAGAAUUUGGUAGUACUGGUAUUUUGGAACAAUGAAAAAGCUACCUUUUGAAGUCUCACAACUGUUGCCCUUGUUAGAAUCAUGUAAAACCAUAAAACAAGCAUUUCAAGUUCAUGCUGAAAUAAUCCUCCAUGGCUUUCACCACCAUUUCUUCCCCAUCAGCAGACUCAUCUCUUUCUUUGCCUUACUGGGUUCCAAAGAUGGUCUUGAUUACUCCCAGAUUCUCUUCUGCCAAAUUGAACAUCCAAAUCAGUUCAUAUAUAACACUAUGAUAAGAGGCUUUUCCCAUAGUGAAUUCCCCGAAAAAGCACUUGUCUUUUACUGGUCCAUGCUCCACCAAGAAAACCGAUCUCCAAACAACUUCACUUUCCCAUUUUUACUCAAUUCUUGUGCAAGAUUAUCAACCCUUAAACCCGGAAUUCAAGUUCACAGUCAUAUAAUAAAAAUGGGUUUCGACUCGGAUGUUUUUGUUAGGAAUGCUUUGAUGCAUUUUUAUUCAGUUUUUAAACGUUUAAAAGAUGCCCAGAUUGUAUUUGAAGGAAGUCUUGUUAGAGACCUUGUUUCUUAUAAUACUAUGAUAAAUGGGUUUGCUUUGGUCGGCCAACCUGGCCCUGCUCUGCGUCUAUUUAGAAAAAUGCAAGAUUUUGGUAUUCAGCCUGAUGAGUUCACUUUUGUUUCUUUGUUGUCUGCUUUUUCAUCAUUGAAUGAUUCUAGGAUUGGAAAACAGAUUCAUGGUUUUGUUUACAGGAAUCUAUGUCGUAUUGACUCUAAUGUAUUACUUCAGACUGCUAUUCUUGAUAUGUAUGCAAAAUGUGGGUUGAUGGAUUUGGCUGAGAGGGUGUUUAGCUCGAUGCCAAGUAGCAAAAAUACUGCAGCUUGGAGUUCCAUGUUAUCGGGAUAUGCUCGACGUGGAGAAACGGAGGCUGCUAGAAGAAUGUUUGAUCAGAUGGACCAACGAGAUGUGAUUUGUUGGACAGCUAUGAUUAGUGGUUAUUCUCAGUCAGGACAGUACAGUGAAGCAUUGGAACUUUUUGUGCAAAUGGAAAGUUUGGGAAUAAGACCUGAUGAAGUGACUAUGGCUGCUGUUCUUUCAGCCUGUGCCAGACUUGGAGCUCUUACUUUUGGUAAGAGACUUCAUAGCAGGUACAUUGAGGGUGAGUUAUGCAGCCAAAAUAUUAUUCUUUCAACUGCAUUAAUAGAUAUGUAUUCAAAAUGCGGAAAUAUAGAUUCUGCUCUGGAUAUGUUUCACAGGAUUCCAAAGGAUUUAAAGACUGUUUCACUUUUCAAUUCCAUGAUCUCUGGUUUAGCUCAGCAUGGGCUUGGUGAUUCUGCUUUAGCUGCUUUUAGGGAAAUGGAAUCGAUAGGGCUGAUACCAGAUAGCGUUACCUUUGUGGCAGUUUUAUCUGCUUGCAGCCACAGUGGGCUAAUUGAAGAGGGCAAAGAGUUAUUUAGAUUGAUGCCGGAUGUCUAUGGCAUUAAACCACAUAUGGAACAUUAUGGUUGCAUGGUUGACCUCCUUGGCAGAAAUGGUUGCUUGGAUGAAGCUUAUGAUUUAAUUCAAAGUAUGCCAUUUGAGGCCAACUCAGUAAUAUGGAGAGCUUUAUUGGGUGCUUGCAAACUCCUUGGAAAUGUUAAGAUUGGUGAUGUUGCUAGCCAAAAACUUAUUGAACUGGAGCCUGAUCAUGGAGCUCGUUAUGUUUUGUUGUCCAACAUGCUUGCCAACACAAACCAGUGGGAACAAGCUGGGAGAGUGAGGAAGGUGAUGGAGUAUAGAGGCAUCCAGAAGCCUCCUGGGUGGAGCUAUAUCGAGUUGCAGGGAACUCUUCAUCGGUUUAUGGCUAGUGACAAGUCUCACUUGCAAGACAAAGGGAUUGAAUCCAUGCUCCAGGAUAUGGCAAUGCGUCUUAAAUAUGCUGGGUAUGUUCCCAAUACAGAACAAGUAGUGUUUGAUAUAGAUGAAGAAGAGAAGGAAACUGUUGUCUCUUAUCACAGUGAGAAAUUGGCAUUGGCAUUUGGGUUAAUCCACUCCGGCAGUGGAGAAACUAUAAGAAUAAUGAAGAAUCUUCGUGUUUGUGGAGACUGUCACUCGGCCUUUAAGCUUCUGUCUGAAAUUUACUGUCAAGAAAUCAUUGUUAGGGAUGCCAUCAGAUUCCACCAUUUUAAGAGCGGAUCUUGCUCUUGUAAGGGUUUUUGGUGAUUAGAAAUAGCAGAAUGUGGUUUCUUACAGAUUCUAUUUUGGUACGGAUGGUAUAAAUCCUAUCUGUUAUUGAUAACUGUGUGAGUGAAAUUGAGGGUAAAGGUAUCUCACACGAGGUAAUCUGAUUGGUUAAUGUGAAAUGCUCUAUUUUUUAUGCGACACUGAAUUGUGACACAUUGCUCUCUGCUUUGCUUUCAAGAUGAGAAUGGUAGUAUGACAGCAAGUCUUAAUUAGAGGAUUGAGAUUUUAGACGGAGUUGCACUUGUGGAUGCAAUGGCUAUCUGGUAACUUUGCAGCUUGCAGCUAGGAUUGAGAUUGAUUCAACAUAUCUUGUUCGAGAGUGAUCCAGUGGAUGUUAUUCAUGAAUUGAACUGUCUUCUGAGUUUAUCCAACUAAUCUUUUGGUUGAGAUUGGACAGCCAAUUUCAGGUUUUAUUUGCUGCAUUUUUAGCCAUGUCCUGACCUCAUGCAAAUUGGUUGCUCAUUGUCUUGCGAAAUAUGUUCUUCGAAACUGGAGUUUUAUAGAAUGGAGAAAAGCUGUCCUUGAUUCAUUUCUGAUCCCGUAUUGGAGGAUUCAUGUUAGCACAUAUGUUUUUCUUUAAAAAAAAAAAAAAAUCUGGUGUAUACAUUAGGCAAGAGCCAAGAGGAUGAACAUCAUCUAAUCCAGUGGAACUGCUUGGACCAAGUUAAAUGUGAUUCUUUUGGUAGCCAGAUGUGAAUUUUUCUCAAUCAUCAUGUUAUUCUAAGAAAAUUAGACAAAUCUUUCUCGGAUUGCUAGUACAUCUUUGUAUGCUAAUUUUGUAGGAAUACUAAUAGCUAUGGUCAAUCACAAAUACAAUGUACUUAAUCCUAACAUUUCAACUGUCUUACCUCAAAAAAAAAAAAAAAUUCAACUGUCUUACACGUUUUCAUGUGUUUCAGCAAAAGCAUGUAUAUGCAUGAACAGUGGACAUAUGCUCAGCAGUCAGCACAAAUUUAUGGAAUCAAGUAACCUUUUUCUUUUCCUCUUCUUAUGGGUUGUAGUUCUCUCAUUGGACAAAGUACUCCCAAUUCCCAACGGAUUGGGUUAACAUCACAUGCGGCCAUAUUCCAUGUCUCGUUCUUAUCUUAAAAUAAAUCUUAUUCUUGUCAUUGUUCUUUCAGGAUUUUGUCUACGAUUUUUUUCCAUAUUUUCAUAGGAUCACAAUGGAAAAGCAUAAAGGAAGAAAAAGGAAAGUACGGUUGAAAUUUGGUAUGGAAGAAGGGCUGAAGGAUUGACUAGUCAAAGUCAACGGAAAAUUUGAAGGUUGAACUCUGAAUUGUCUCAGCCUCCAUUUCCCUUGAAGUUUCUUGAUGUGGAGGCUAAGAACAAAACAACAAUCAAGACCAGAGAAAACAAAACAUUUGUUGGAAAAAAUGGAAAAUCUCGCUUUUAUUGUUAGAAAUAGAUAAAAUAUUCAGCUUGAAAUUCAAAGACUAUUUCCUGUCUAUCAAGGAAAGCAUUCUAGAACAUUUUAAGACGAGAUAAGUGAUUGUAACAAGAUAUAGUAGUAUUUGACAAAGAUUUUGAAAUUCCUUGAAA